AUGCUUGCUGACACCGAUCCAAGCCUAUCCCAAAAAGACAUACAAACGGCAUUUCGGGUCAACGAAGCGUUUCGCGAACUAUUUGAGCAUAUCCACAAAUGCGAAGGUCGAGUUAAAAGAAGGCAGCCUGCAAGUUUUUGUAUUGAUGCGUUCGUCACCUCUCCCCUGACUGUUAGUCUACAAACCGCCAGUAUAUCGACGGUAGCGAUGGGCAAGGAAAUGGCUUGCAAAGACCCCAAACAAACUUUGGAGGAGAAAAGCCGAGUUACAUGGUUGAUUGACCCCAUGCUACGUGAACAACUCUCCGGCCCGAGUGAGACUGGCACGGAAUUAAACGAAUUACUUACUCGUCUCAACGAGCUUUACGAUAAUGUGCAAAUGGCAAGAACUGCAAUAGAUAUCGCAACCAUGGCAGCAGGAGAAACUUGGUGGAGCCCCUACACGAAAGAUGAGCUGGAGACUAUCUUGCACAGGAACCGUCUAGUGGCCCCAGGACAGAUUUUGGCUGACGAGGAUUCGGCUACAGGUGAGGAGGCAGCUGCGGCAGAAGAAACGGAAGCAGGCGAAGCUGCAAGCGCUGCCGCAGACGCGGAUCAAAGCACUGUAGUCAAGAUCGGAGACCCGGAGGUGAUGCCUUUAACUGCAAGCGCACGGGCACUCAGAGAUACAAUUAAAACUGUGGAACGACCGCUCCACAACCGCAAUGACGAGGGAGCAAGCGCCGAGCGCCCUGUUCGGGAGUCGGAUGACCUCGUUGAGCUUAGAGGGAAGGUGAUAUUACACGUGCUGUGCAAAACAGAAGCACUUACUACGGUUUUGCUCGUUUCUCACAAGAAGCUUCUGGAAAAAAUGCUACGGAAGCGCAUCUCGCCGGCAAAGUUGAAAUUUGCCAUUUUAUCAUGCGGAGUAGAGCCCAGCUUGGCGGUAUUAAGUUCGAAGACGCCUGUGUCAUCGAUACAGCAAAGCUUAGGUGAUUUGUCACAGUUGCCAGCCCAGGAAGAAUAG